AUGUUCUUAGAUCUUUCCAAUAACAAAAUUCAUGGAGAUAUUCCCCAAUGGUUUAAUAAUGUGGGGGAUGGUUCUUUGGCAUUGGCUCUCUCUCAUAACAACUUGACAUCAAUUGAACAUCUUUCAAUGAGAAACUUGAAUUGGAUUGAUCUCAGCUUCAACUUGUUGCAAGGAAAUCUCCCAAUUCCAUCCUUUGGUGUUGAAUUCCUUUCAUUGUCCAACAACAAAUUCAGUGGACACAUUUCUUCCUCAUUUUGCAAUGCAAGCUCACUUGAGAUACUCAACUUAUCUCACAACAACUUGUCAGGCCACAUCCCAAAGUGCCUUGUUGCUUUACCAAAUCUUGAAAGUUUAGAUCUGCAGAUGAAUAAUUUUGUCGGAUCUAUACCAGACAAUUUUUCUAAGGGCAAUUCUUUGCAAUCUUUGCAUUUGAACAACAAUCAAUUUCAAGGACAAUUGCCUUUGUCUUUGACCCAUUGCAUUGAAUUAGAAAUUUUAGAUGUGGGAGCAAACAAGAUCAAUGACAAAUUUCCUAAUUGGCUUAAAGGCUUACCGGAGCUACAGGUACUCAUUUUAAGAGAUAAUGAGUUCUAUGGUGCCAUUCAUAGUUUCAACACCAAACAUGCUUUUCCCAUGUUAAGAAUUUUUGAUGUUUCCAACAACCAUUUUAAAGGAUCUUUGCCAACAACAUACAUUAAGGAAUUUAAAGGAAUGAUGAAUGUUGACUUUGUUUCAGCCAGACCACAUUACUUGGAAAACCGCUAUCCUAAUUAUCAAGAAUCAGUGAUGGUCACAUUGAAAGGUGUUGAUUUAGUGUUGGUAAAGAUCAUAAUUACAUUCACAUCCAUUGAUUUGUCAAAAAACAUGUUUGAUGGAGAGAUUCCACAUGUUAUUGGUGAGCUGCAUUCACUUAAGGGGCUUAAUCUCUCCCACAAUAAAAUCACUGGUCCUAUUCCUCAAUCCAUUGCAAACUUGACAAACCUAGAAUCGUUGGACUUAUCAUCAAAUUUGCUUAAAGGUGAGAUUCCUCUUGCACUAGCAAAUCUCAACUUUCUUGAAGUUUUGAAUCUUUCACAGAACCAGCUUGUCGGAGAAAUACCAAGAGGUACGCAGUUUGAUACAUUUUCACAAUAUUCUUUUGAGGGAAAUUUAGGACUGUGUGGAUUUCAAUUGUCAAAAGCAUGUAAUCAUGAUGAAGGGAAAUUGCCACAACUAGCUUCAUCAAGUAAUGACAAAUUUGGAUUUGGUUGGAAACCAGUGGCUUUGGGAUAUGGAUGUGGGAUGGUGUUUGGAAUAUUCAUGGGUCAAGUUGCUUUCUUAACUGGAAAACCUAAAGGGCUUGUCAGAAUUUUUCAAGUGAGGCCUAAGAAACAAGCAAAAAGGAUAAGGAAAAGAGCCCAUCAGGAUCAAAGAAGAGUGAAUUAG